AUGGGAUCGUCAGGAAGUAAACAAUCUUAUGAUGUAUCUGACUAUCAACCUAGACAAAUAUUUACUGAUCCAUCAUCAUAUAAUAUAGAUAAAAACGAACAUUAUUCGAAUGAUAUUUUACAACCAGCUACUCGUCAAUUCCAUCCAGCUGCUCCAUUAAUAAUGCCAAUUCAAUCAACAGUUAAAUGUAAUCAAUGUGGAAUGAUAUUUGCAAAUGAUGAAGUUUUAUUUAAACAUAAAGCAAGAUUUUGUAUUGGUAAUAAAAGUUCUGACAUUAGAAGAAAACCAAAUUAUUUAGAUAAUGCGGAAAUUAAUAAUUAUACAAGAGAAAAUUAUCUAACUAAUCAACCAACAUUAAGAAAAGUUGUUACACAUUCAUCACCUGUUGAAAAAAAAAUAGACGAAGUAAAAGAAUGGAAAACUCAACGAUCUAUUCUUCAAAGUGUACAAGAUAUGGAAGAUAGAAUUUUAAUUGAUUCACAUAAAACACAAAAAUUGGCAAAUGAUCUUAAGAAACGAACGCAAGAUUAUAAUCACAUUCUAGCUGAAUAUGAACAAUUACAAGCACAAGAACGUGAUCUUCUUAGAGAAAUGUUUAAUUUACAAGGACAAUCUAGAUUAUAUUUUAAUCAACCAAAUGAUUUAACUAAAUAUGAAAGAAAUCAAUUAGAAGUUCUACAUCGACAAAAUACUCGUCUACGACAAGAACGUCAAAUUAUUCAAAAUAAACUUGAAGACUUUAUCGUUCGUGAUAGUCAAUCAUCCUUGACCCCGAAUCAUGAAUCACAUAAAUUAUUAAGUGAUAUGAAAGAACAACAAGAUCAAAAUGAAAAAGCUUUAAUAUAUUUACGAAGACGUCUUGUGUAUCAUAAUAGUUCAUUAAGAACUUCAAAUGAUAGUCCAUCUUUACCACAUAUUCAUUCUUCUGAACGAGCUGCAAGUGAUGAUGUCAAAUCUUUACGUAAUGUAUAUUUACAAUCGGGUGGCUAUGAUCCUAAUGUUCUUACACAAUAUAAUGAUCUUGAACAUAGAUUACGCUAUUAUGAAUAUUAUCCAUGGAUGAAAGAUUAUCCUGAACCAUUAAAACAAUAUCGAUAUCGUCCAGUUCUUCUAAUUGAACCUACACCUGAUAAAUUAACAUUAGUUAAAAAUGAAAAAGAACGUCUUCAAACUGAACUUAAUGAUAUGCAACAUAAAUUUCAAAGACUUGAUUCACGUACUCGACAAUUAGAAUUAACUUUAGCAACAAAUGGAAUACUAGAUCCUAAAUCAAAUAGAAAUGAUUAUACUUAUCCAUCAUCAACCAUUGAUCGUUAUCAACCAAAAAGUUCUUUAAAGCCAACAUCUUCUCGUCAAAUUUAUACAAAUACAGAUUAUAAUCCAUUUGAUCAACGUCGAGAUUUUUAUCAAUCAUCAUUACCUAUACUUGAUAAUGAUAUAACAUCACGUGGAAUUCAAUCAAAAAAUCGUUCUAAGUCGAAUACGAAUAAAUUAUUGGAUCCAUUAGAUCCACAACCAUAUGAUCCAUUUGCUGGUUUUGUAUUACUUUUUGAUUUUAUUACUAAUUUUCAUCCAACAAUUGAAAAAUGUCGACUUAUAACAUGUCUUCAUCAUGCACAAUCAGGACUUGGUGAACCAUCAUAUUUAGAAACAUUCAGAUGUGAAUUAUAUAUUAAUCAUACAUCUGGCGAACAAAUGGGUGUUGUUUUACUUGCUACUAGACAACCUGUACCAAGUUGUCCACCACAGCAAGCAUUAUCAGUUGUUAUUGAAAUACAAACAACAGCAAAACAAAAUCCAAAUGAACCAUUACGUACAAAUGCUUGGACUAAAUUACCAUUAUUUGACCAUAAGAAUCGUUUAUUGAGUGGUCGAUGGAAAGUACCAUUAAGAUCAUUACCUAUUUUACAUAAUGAAAGUUUUCCUAGUAUUAAUACAUUGCCAACAUUUGGCCGUGCUGAAUUACAUUAUCGACUAGUCAAUUUCAAAGAUGCAGCUAAUCAAUCAAAUAUACCCUUAUCACUUAAUCAUCGAGAUCUAUACAUUUAUCCUCCACAAGUAAAUUAA